AUGAUUCUAGCCAAGGUAAGAACUUGGAAUGCAAGGUUCUUGUCAAGGGCUGGGAGGGAGGUGCUUCUUAAGAAUGUCAUUCAGGCAUUGCCGAGCUAUGCGAUGAUGGUUUUCCUGUUGCCGCAAGGAACCUGUAGGGAUAUUGAGACUUUGAUGAAAGAGUAUUGGUGGACAGGAACUGUGGGAAGUGGCAAGGGUAUACGGUGGAGAUCUUGGCAAGGUUUAACAGCCCCAAAAACAGUUGGGGGAAUGGGUUUCCAUUCCCUGCAUGAAACUAAUUUGGCACUACUGGGGAAACAGGCAUGGAGGCUGGUAACGAGGCCGAACUCAAUGGUGGCGCGGGUUUACAAAGCGCGGUAUUAUCCUAAUUGCACCUAUGAUGAAGCGGUUGCAGGGAGCAAUUCAUCCUUUAUUUGGAGGGGUUUGCUUGAGGUUCAACGAGUGAUCCGGGACGGGUGUAGGCGGAGUAUUGGAAAUGGCCACGACACAGUGAUUGGUAAGCAUGCAUGGUUGGCAUGUGAGGAUGAGCCUUUCAUCACAUCACCAGUAGAUGAAGGGAUUUUUAACUCACCGGUGCAUUCUUUGUUUGAUGCUCAAAAUACAGGAUAG